GCUAUCGGCCUGUCUUGUUUUCUUGUUUUCUUCUUUUUGUUUCUUUUUUCUUUUCUUUUCUUAUUACUCUUUAAUUGCUAAUCAAAACGUGGUGAUCAGGUCUUCUGUUCUGCGACAAGACGCACUUCUAGAUCAUAACAAUCACCCCCCCCCCUCUUAUUAUCCCUUCGAUUUCAACUGUCAUUUUUCUGGUCCAUCAUUCAGGGACGUCAAUUUUACCGAUGGCUUUGCUGUGACGCCUUAGCCCACAUUCUUUUUUUUUUGGUUAUUUUUAUAUAUACCCCCUCCGUUCGCGUUUGACCUUGGUUGGAUCGAUCGAUCGCGAUCUCUCUCUCUCCCCGAUUGACAACCAUGUCUGUCGCCGACACUCGUUACCGCAAUAAUAUUCAUAAUAUGCCACAAAGUCCCUCGAAAGAUGAUGCGAAUCAUCGCCCUCCCCCUCCCCCUAUUCCUCCCUCGCCGACCUUGACGAAUCCCGAUAUGAUCUUGCCGUGCGACGAGGGCGAGCGCGAAUCCUCCACCCCCUCCCCCCCGUUCAAUCUGCCCUCCUUGUCUAACCUGCAAUCUUUCUACGCCGGCCAGCCCAUGACCAACGACUUUGGCGCAGACUCCAACACCACGGGAACAGAUACGCCGAUCGGACUCGCCUGGUCGCUCUCCAAUUCCAAUCGCUCGCAGAGGGGGAACUUCCCGCGUCACACCUGGACGCAUGAGGGCCACGACUCCAGUCGCCGGCUGUCCGAUAUCGGGGAGGAAGAUGCGUCGUCGCCGUCGUAUUUGGGGGGCUUUCCGGCGAAUCUGCAGGCGGGGUCACCGAAUGGGGCAUCUCGGUUGGCGGCUUCGCCUGUCUUGCAUGGACGGAUGGAGGAUAAUGAAGUUAGGCAGGCUCAGGUUGGGAAUUGGAGUAAUUCGUCCGGCUCGACGAUUAGUGCUGCGAGUGAGUCUUCGCAGCGGGAUGGGAGUACUGGGCAGAGUGAUCAGGUUACCGGCCAUAGUUUGCAUAUGGGGGUGAAUGAUGUCAAGCUGAGUGAUACUCAGGGCAAGGACACAACGCCGAGGUCGAGUAUAGUAUCUGUUGCUGGGGCAGAGGGGCCUGGGGAGGAACUUUCGUCUGUGAUUUUGAGUACUGAAGCGGAGCGGAUUCUGGAGAAUGCGAAGAAACGGCUUACGCUCAUGGAAGGAAAUUUAACAAGGGCUCGAUCUUCUAUGCGAGCGUCACCUUCGCUUUCGUCGUCGCCCUCGCCAUCGGGGAAUAGUCCUUCGUUGGGACCCCAUCAGCCGGUGGGCGGACUAUAUCGAUCUAUAUCACAUACGAACCGCAGAGGUUCUUUACUGCGUCCACGUUCCACAUAUAACUCUGCCCAGGAUGCAGCCAACAAUCGACACUCCAGAGUGCACAGUGAGACAAAUCUACAUUCGACCGGUAGCAAUGAGUCCAACGGUCUGUCACGAUCCCUCAGUGCAAUGGCAUCGAGCAGCUCGAUUCACAAUGAUGACAAGUCAUUCCGUUAUGACCCUUCAAGAGCAUACCUGACCCAUCGGUCGUCCACGUCUUCGUUUCAGCCGGUGGGCGUUGCGAUUCCGAACAAGGACACGCCACCCGACACACCGAAAGGACUGGGAAUUUCCACCGAUGCCAGCGCGAAUGCCAAUUCCAGCGACAAUGAUAAUGACAAUGAGACCAAGAUUUCCAGCAUGGAAGAUUUCAACACUGUUUACCCCUCAUACGAUCCUCCAUCUCGCACCCAGUCCCAGCUUCAAGUCAGAGAUCUUCAGGACCAGAUGAAGGGCCUGCACAUUAAGAUAUCAUCGCUCAAGGUGAAGACACAAGAGGAUAAUCUUCGUCGACGGAGUCUUCAGAGUCUGCGAACUCCGAGUCCUUUUACAGCGGCAAAUCACUGGUACAGCAAUAUGAUGGAAUAUAAACACAGCCAAGAGACACUGAACUCGAGUUCAGGAGCUUCGGGGCAGAGACGUCCACCUGGGCCGAUCCAGGAAGUUGAAAAUAAGCCUGAGCCUGAGCCUGAGCCUGAGCCUGAACCGGUACCAGAGCUAGAGCCAGAGUCGGAACCUGUCAGUAACGGAUAUGAGGUUGAUGUGCCAGCUGUUACCAUUUCAAGCAAGACAGACGAGGAGCCUGAGGUUUUGGAGUCAGCCGACUUUGACGAUGGACAAUCCGUGAUGGAAAGUCUCUACGAAGAUGCAGAGGAAGGGGAAUACGACACGGACGGUUCCAAUGAGUCAAUUGAUCGUGAAGCUCUAAAUGAGAUCUUGCGCGAGCCACUCGACGAGGACCUGAGAGGCUCCUUUGAAGAUUUCCCGCCAGUUCCUCCGAUUCCAGACACCGGGGCUAGGCCCCACGAGGAGCGCGAGGAUGCUUUUGACUACGAACAUUUCAUCUUGCAUAGUGCUUUGGGUAAUUACAGUCAGUCGAAAAUGCGCCGGGCGAGCAAUUUAUCGAAUGCAUCUGUUGAAACUACGCGACCGAUUCACGAGCAUCGUUCGGCUAAGCACUCGCGGACGAAUAGCACAAACUCGCUGUCUACUAUUGCAAGCUUUGCCACUGCCACUGAAGGGGAGCGGGAUGAUGGUAUCCGGAGUGUUCUCUACUGGGACAGAAAAUUCAACGAUGAACUGCGCAAUAAUGAUCAUUACCAUGAAAACGGCCACAUCUCAGAAGAGUCCGACACUGAAGCAAUGAUGGGCACUCCUCGAGCCGCACGAAAGGCGGAACGUCCACCCUCCCUUGCGAUACCUCACCGAUCCGACUCUGCGACGACAGGGUCCGCCACCCCUACCUCCCUUGCGUCGUCCCUCGUAUCGACGGUGCGAGCAGCAUCUAGCCCUCACCCGAACCAAACCCUGAAUGCGGGCAUCAACAACGACGACGAACGUCUGUUGGAGCAACUAUUCGAGAGCCUUGGAAGUGUCUGCAUGGAUCUGCAGGCGAUUACGACGGCACCGGACCCGGACCCCAAAGCAGUGCGAGUGUUGAGACGACGAUUGGAUGCUGCCCGGCGAGUACUCGACGGAGAGUUGGACACGUAGCCAGCAGGCUGAACUGUCUGCUGUUGCAUUAUGUUUAUAUUAUAUAUAUACCUAGUUUUGGUUUGCACGGGUUGACCAUGACUUUCUGGCGUUUGCACGGUUGUGUGAAGCGACAGAGCCACCUGGCUGUGGCCUUUUGAUACGUGAUACCCUGAUUCUUGUAUAUUCUAUCCGUUUUAUCUUCUACUUCAUGUACCUUUAUGUACUUUUGUUGAUGACUUGUAUUUGUUAUUGGCAUGGAGGCCAGCCAUUUAUCUACGUCUAGUUGAUAAUGUCUACAUAGUGUACCAUCCAUGUUAUGAAUAUACGAUUGGAUACUAUUACUCCUUAUUACGGCUAUAAAUAAGAAAGC